AAGCACAUGCAAGGAGGAAAAGCCACAGAUACAGGACAGGGCUCGCACUUCCUCAGGGGGCUGCUGGCUGUGUCCUUGUUCCUCUCUCAGUAGAGCGGACAUAUUUAUCCGUCCUCAGCUUUAUUUUCACGCUUUUCAUCCUCUUAUUUCAUGCUGCCUUUCAUUACUGAGACAGAGGAAACCCUGAGGCUCCAGCCUCCUGUUGCACCUGCUCUCAGGACAACCAGAGAUCCUAGGUAUCAUCUCCUCGCCUCUGACAGCUCCUUGCAGAAGCAGCAUCCGUGAGGAUGGGGUAUCUGGUCGUGACAAGCUCCUGGCACAGCACAGAAUGCAUAGUAUGAUCAGCCCAGAUAUCAAGUCGGAAGUUCCUACAGGUUUGGACCCAGUUACACCACUGGAUCUAAGGACAGAUCUGAGAACAGUGAUGCCAAUUUUAGAUCCCGUGUUGCGGGAGAAGCAGCUGCAGCAGGAGCUCCUGUUAAUCCAGCAGCAACAGCAAAUUCAGAAGCAGCUGCUCAUUGCUGAGUUUCAGAAACAGCAUGAAAACCUCACCAGGCAACACCAGGCCCAGCUCCAGGAACACCUCAAGUUGCAGCACGAAUUACUGGCGAUGAAACAGCAACAGGAGAUCUUAGAAAGAGAGAAAGAACAUAAAUUGGAGCAGCAGAGACAGGAGCAGGAAGCAGAGAGGCACCGGCGGGAGCAGCAGCUGAUGCACCCACGUACAAAGGAGAGAGGCAAAGAAAGAGCUGUGGCCAGCACCGAGGUAAAGCUGAAGCUCCAAGAAUUCCUCCUGAGCAAAUCUGCAACGAAAGACAUUUUUACCAACGGAACCAAUCAUUCCAUAGGCCGCCACCACAAGCUUUGGUACACGGCAGCACAUCAUACUUCAUUGGAUCAAAGCUCUCCUCCACUCAGUGGGACCUCUCCAUCCUACAAAUAUCCUUUACCCGGGGCUCAAGACUGCAAGGAUGAUUUUCCAUUACGAAAAACUGCUUCAGAACCCAACCUGAAGGUUCGGUCUCGGUUAAAACAAAAAGUAGCAGAGAGAAGAAGUAGUCCUUUGUUGAGAAGAAAAGAUGGAAAUGUCACAGGUUCAUAUAAGAAGAGAAUAUUUGAGGUGGCAGAGUCUUCAGUCAGUAGCAGCUCUCCAGUAUCAGGACCCAGUUCUCCAAGUAAUGGUCCAGUUAGCAUGGGUGUGGAAAACGAAAGCUCUGUCUUGCCAACUAACCCUCAUCCUGAGCAUUUGACCUCACAUCAACUUAUUCUACAUCACGAGAAGUCAAUGAAUCUGCUAAGCUUAUACACAUCUCCUUCAUUACCCAACAUCACCUUGGCACUCCCUCCUGCUGCUCCUCAACUCAGUGCCUCAUCUUCAUUAAAAGAAAAACAAAAGAAUGAGCCUCAGGCGCCCAGGCAGGGGGUAACGCUCCCUGGACCCUACACAGGAGCCCUCCCUGUGUCUUCGGCUCACACACCGCUGGAGGGCAAGACCAACAGCAGCCACCAGGCCUUACUGCAGCACCUACUGCUCAAAGAACAAAUGCGGCAGCAGAAGCUUCUAGCCACAGGUGGAGCUCAGAUUCUUCAGGCCCCACUAACAUCAAAGGAUAGAGUUUCACCGGCUGGGAGGGUGGUUCACAAACUUCCCCGCCACAGACCCCUGCACAGGACGCAGUCUGCCCCCCUUCCUCAGAAUACCCUGGCGCAGCUCGUCAUUCAGCAGCAGCAUCAGCAGUUCCUGGAGAAGCAGAAAAAGUAUCAGCAGCAGAUCCAGAUGAACAAAUUGCUUUCCAAAUCUAUUGAACAACUUCGCCAACCCGGAAGUCAACUGGACGAAUCUGAAGAAGAACAUCACAGUGAUUAUACAAUGCGAGAAGAAAAGGUUUUAGCCACUGCAAACAUAAGAAGUCAUAGCAGCACUGAUCUCAGAACUGAACUCCUAAAGUCCGUGAAGGUGAAAGAAGAACCGCCAGACAGUGACGAUGACAUUCAAACACAUCCUGAGCCUAGUCCAAAAUCAGCCUUUGUACAACAGCAACAUAUUUUUCACACCCAAGAGGAGAACUUGCAGCCUGCUCGCAUUCUGUAAGUGGAGGACACUCUUUCUCAGUGUCUUAUAUUGUGACCACUCACUAAAAAUCACAGUGCUCCUUGGAACCUAUUUCCCAAAUCUUCCGCUUAUUCUGAAGAUCUCAGCUACUUUGGGACAUCAAGCUCCUGCUGACAGCAGCAAGUACAAAGACGACUUCUUUUUAUAGAACCAAGAACUUCAAAAAGAUUGUUCUACCAGCACUUACACCUGUACCUUUAACCCGAAAAGCCUUCAUUUUGGAUCUACUGUUUUCAUGAUGACUAUUUGUGCAUGACUUGACAUUUUCAUGACUUGACAUUUCCUUUACAUUUUGUAUCCUCUUUUGAGACAUCCAUCAAGUCAUUUGAGGUUACAGAGAACAACAUGUGAACAGAGUCCUCUCCUUACAUGGUUUUAUUCUGUAUGAGUAUGUCACAAACCCUAUUUUCUUCAAUGCUACCAAAAGAAUAAAGAUUAUAUUUGACUUUUUCUAGGACAAUUACAAAUUGAUUUAGUUAUAUUUAUUAUUGUCAUGGAAACAUAUGUUCCUGAUACUUUUAAUGUAUGCCAUCAUUAUAACGCAUGCUUUCUUACAUAUCUCUUAAUAACGGGAGUUGCCUAUAUGGGGUUGUCCUCAGUUCCUUUUUGUUAGAAAGGUCCCAUGUAGAGAUGAGUGAAUUGAUUUAUAAGAAUCGCUUCCGCUUAUCAAGCAGAGUUCUGCACCUACAACAAGUUCUCCUUAAAGCUGGGGACUCGCCCCCUGACGCUUGAUUGACAGGUAUGGACAUCUCUACCAACCUUGACUAUCUCGCACCUGUACCGCUACUCUAUGUAUCUGUGUAAGCGUAGAGGCUCUCCACAACUUUGCGUGUCCCGCUAUACCUCCCGGCCGCUGCUCCAGUAGUUGGAGCAGAGCCUCUGCACUUGCGCCUCUACUCGGAGCAGCGGCACAAGGGCAAGAUUGUCAUCUCUGGAUGAAAUGUCCAGCCUUGUCAAUCAAGCGUUAUAGGGAAUGUCCUCAGCUUCAAGGAACCUCUGUCACCGUUGAAGAACUCUGCAUGAUCUGCUUGAUAAGACGUUCGAACCAAUUUAUAUGAAUAGAUUCGCUGAUCUCUUGUCCCAUAAUGACACAAGAUCAGAUGAACAUGGCUUUGAGUGUUUAAUUUUGCUACAGCGCCACCAAAGGUGAAAUAAAGCAUUGAACAGUUCUUAUAGAAAGCAAUGGGCUGACCACAUAAUGCAGAGCUGUGGCGGGUCCUCCAAGGUGAGGGACACUCUUUGUAGCCUCUCUUUACACAGGCUGAUAGAUGAGAGUACUGAGCAGAGGACGCCCAUCUGAUUGAGUCAGAAGACUUGAUAACUUAGACAUCCAUAUUAAAUAAGCUGUUUUAUUACUUUAAUUAGCAAAGUGCCAGUUCGGACAUUUCAGCGUGUUCUGCCAAGGAUCUAUCUAUUGGCUUUAGGCUUGAUGUUUGUACUUUUACACAAUGAAGGCUGAUCUGGUCAGUGUCCACAGAAAUUCACGUCAUGACUAAAUAAAUAAUAGUAGUUCAUUUCUAAUGUUUUGGCUCUUGAUUUACUGCACAAAAUGACUGCACACAAGGUGCUUGUUAAAUAAAGGCGCAGCUUCUACCAUGGAAAUAAAGUAGUACAGACUCCUUGUGGAAGAAGCUCACCUGUCCUGCUAAGUCAUUCAAAACUAUGCUGAUUUUUUAAAUGAUAAUCAUCUAUAAUCCUCUUGAUAUUAAAUAGGACCUGUCACCUUUCCUGACGUGUCUGUUUUAGUAACUACUUGCUUUCCCUGUGUGAUAACAAUUCUGGAGCAUCUAUUCUUAUGACUCUAUGAUGUGCCAUCCCUCUGU